AUGAAUAAUAAUACGACGUCGCAGUUUAUGGACAAGCAGAUCAUGGAUCUAUCCAAUUCUCAGACCAACAAUAACAACAGUAACGAAGAUUUCAUCGAUUUCAUAAACCGCCCAUUGGAGGAUCAUAAUCGGAGAAAAGAUGAUAUUGUUCCGAAUUACGAUUUCCUGCCGAUACGACCCGCCGGUGGAUCAACGCAGUCCCCACCGCCGCGGUCUUUGAAUUUUGAUUCUGGAAAUGAUGAUGCGCCGAUCAGGACAUGGAAUUCUUUGGAUACUAAAACUAAUACCUCUUCCGUCAGAAAUUAUAGUUCUCUUGGCCCCAUUGAACCUGACAAAGACAUUUUAGAGAAGGAUCACAAUGUCAUCGAUGCGUCCCUGGUUUCUGAGAUUGAUGGAGCAAUGAAGAAGUAUGCUGAUAAUCUGAUGCAUGCAAUGGAUGGUGUCAGUGCACGACUAUCACAGUUGGAGACAAGGACCCGCAACUUUGAGAAUUCUGUGGAUGAUCUGAAGGUGUGUGUUGGAAAUAAUCAUGGAAGCACGGAUGGAAAAUUAAGACAGCUGGAGAAUAUACUUAGAGAGGUGCAAACUGGUGUUCAGUUUAUAAAGGAUAAACAAGAAAUAGUUGAAGCUCAACUGCAGAUUGCUAAGCUGCAAGUUUCCAAGCUUGAACAGCAAGUUGAAAACCCCAACACUGCACACACUGAUUCUAUCCAGCCAGGAGCAUCUGCUCAUCAGCAUCAAUCUCACCAGCUGUUUUCUGCAGUUCCUCUUACACAGCCACCUCCAACCUUCUCUUUACCAAUUGCUCCUCCUCCACUACCUCCUCAGCAGAAUCUACCACCUCAAGUUCAGCUUCCCAACCAGUAUUCUCAAAACCAAGUUCCUUCUGUCCCUCAGAGAGAGUCUUACUUCCCCCCACCUGGCCAAACUCCAGAAAAUCCACGCCAGCAGUACCAAACACCUACAGUGCAGCCACAGCAGAUCACCCCUCAAUCACCACCACUACAGCAACAAUAUCAGUCACCUCCUCAGCAACACUAUUCUCAACAAGCCCCACCUCCUCAGCAACAGUACUCUCAGCAAUCUCCUCCUCAACCACACUCAACAAUUCCCCCAAUCAAUCCCUCUCAACCUCAGAUUGCUUUGGGUCGUCAUCCUGAAGAAACACCUUAUAUACAGCAACCUACUUACCCACAAACCAUUCGCCCACCUGGGCCACCUCCCUCUCAUCCCUCCAGUGGAGCUACUCCCUCACAACAGUUUUACGGACCACCCAACAUGUACGAGCCUCCAUCUAGCAGACCAAAUUCAGUGUAUUCUGGUUCUUAUGAUCCGUCAUCUGGUCCAGCAGAACCUUAUUAUAGUGGCUCACCUUCACAGUAUGGUGGUGGCUCCCCUGUGAAAUCGCAGCAUCAUUCUUCUUCUAUGUUAGGCCAGAGUGGUGCAAGUGGUUAUCCACAACUGCCUACUGCUCGACUAUUACCUCAGGCGCUGCCUACAGCCUCUGGAGUUGGUAGUGGGUCCGGUUCUACUGGUGGUGGAAACAGGGUUCCUGUUGACGACGUGGUUGACAAAGUGACGAGUAUGGGAUUUCCAAGAGAACAAGCGAGGGAAACUGUCCGAAAGUUGACAGAGAGUGGACAAUCAGUCGACUUGAAUGUAGUGUUGGACAAGUUGAUGAAUGAUGGAGAUGGCCAGGGUCCACGAGGUUGGCUUGGUCGAUUGCCUGACGGAACUAAUAUGCCAAGAGAGGGAUGGAAGUCUGGUCAGGCUGAAAGCUCCCAAGGUAAGAAAACCGGUGACAGUGCCUCUGACAAGAAUGGCGGCCAGCACCAGAACUUGGUUGAAAAUGAUAUAGUGGAAUUGCAAUGGCAAGGGCAGUCAGGCUGCCAACUAGUGUUAGUCCGGCGAGGCCAAGGGUUCCGCCAAUGUGGUGGAGGGUGA